CAGGAGUGGGACGCCCGCGGUAGACCACCACACACCCACGGCCAUUUCUGAAAAGGAUUACCCCAUCCGAGGGACUAUUUCUCCUCUGACGAACACCGUGGCCGUGAAGAGGUCGGUUGGUCCCGUGGACGAGGUGUCGUUCGUGUUCGGGCGCCCUGCAUCGCCCACGAGUGAGCAGGCCCCACGCGGCAACGGCUCACUUCAGCACUACAGCAAUCCAGGUAUCGUGCGGUGUCUGUCUCCGUCCGCGGGUCGCUACAUGGCCGGGCAUUACUCGGCCCGGCCGCUAUCGCCCAGCAGCGAC